CCUACUCUUCUACUAUUAACUGGCCUUGGUGCAAAGGUUGGAAUACAGGAAAAAGAUGAACCAUGAACAAUUGCUACCUCACAUACAGUGAACACUGAGCACCACUGAUACAGUACAGUACAGUACAGUACAGUACAGUACAGGAAUAAGACUGCAGCAUGGAUCAAGUUCUAACAGUACCUGUGCUAAUUGGGAUAUCUGUAGUGGUGAUCACGGUCCUCUUCCUCGUCCUAAAAUCAGGAGGCUCCAAUGGAGGUCAAAAGCAGAGCAAGUUUCCAAAAACCUUGCAGGAUCCCAAUGUGAAAUACCCACUGCCACUCAUAGAGAAAGAGGAGAUCAAUCAUGACACUAAAAAAUUCCGGUUUGGUCUUCCAUCCUCGUCUCACGUUCUUGGUCUCCCUAUUGGUCAGCAUGUUUACCUGUCUGCAAAGGUGAAUGGGAAUCUGGUUAUUCGCGCGUACACACCCGUGUCCAGCGAUGAAGAACAGGGAUACGUUGAUCUAGUUGUAAAGGUCUACUUUAAAAAUACUCAUCCAAACUAUCCUGAUGGAGGCAAGAUGUCUCAGUACUUGAAUGAUAUGAAGAUUGGAGACACCAUUGACUUUAGGGGUCCAAAUGGAUUACUGGUAUACAAUGGAAAUGGGCAGUUUGGUAUUCGUCCUGAUAAAAAAUCUGAAGCUAAACUGCGGAAGUUUAGACACGUGGGCAUGAUUGCUGGUGGAACAGGCAUCACUCCAAUGUUGCAGCUGAUCAGGAGUAUAACCGCAGAUCCUGCUGACAACACCAAGUGCUCCCUUAUAUUUGCCAACCAGACUGAGAAGGACAUAUUGUUACGUAAAGAGCUGGAUGAAGUUCAUAGAAAUCAUCCUGAUAAACUCAAUCUGUGGUACACACUGGACAAGCCCUCUGAAGGGUGGAAGUACAGCAAAGGGUUUGUUGAUGCUGACAUGAUAAAAGACCAUCUCCCGCCUCCGGCCAAUGAUGUGCUCAUCGUGAUGUGCGGUCCACCCCCCAUGAUCCAGUAUGCGUGCCUUCCAAACCUCGACAAGCUGGGCUACAAAACUGAGAACACUUUUGCAUACUAAGUCUUCUGCAACUGUUCAGUGUAUUACACAAACAUAAUUGUAAUAGAUGGUUUACAUCUUGUGAAACAUGUCAAAUCAAUGCCAGAUGUAGGUUUUGAAAAUAGAUCUUUUUUUUGGGA